AUGGCGAAUCGAUCACAACCUUGGCAUUGCAGCUGGUGCAAGAAGGAUAUCAAAGGAAGUUAUUCCAAUUGCGGUUUCUGUGGUGCUCACUGGACAGAGUGUCAAUCGCAGACUCCACGCUCAGCGAGAUCAGGAAAAUCCCCAAGACGCCGACAACAUGUCCAAGAAUGGCCAUACUCUGGCGAUUGGGGGCAAGAGACUGGAGAGGGAUAUUACCAGAGUCCUUGGGCUGGCCAUACGAGCUCAGCCAAGUCUCCCAGACGAUUGCCGAAGAAGUCUCCUGCCCGACCAAAUCAAGCCAAGAAAGACAAGCAGAAGAAGAGCUCAGCUCGAGAUUUGCCACCAGAGGAACUAGAAUGGGAAUACAGUCAAGAAGGAGCUCCUGUCUCCACCAAUGCCAGUGCUCCCAGUGCUGCAGAGCAGACAUUGAAGGAACUGGCUUCUGCUGUCAAGCAGAUGGAGCAGCCUCUUUCGGCAGAUGUUCGAAGAGCUUUAGCCAAUGCCCAGAAGGCAGUUGUCGUCGAUCCGACGAUCCAAUUGCAGAGUGCAGCGGCGAAGUUGCGCAAUGCCCGAGAUCAUCUAUUACAUGCACGUCGAGCCAGACAGAGUCUUCACAAUUCAUGGGCCAAAUUCAUCUCAGAAGCUGUUCAGCGGUGGAACAAGCAUAUGGAAGACUUCGAAGCUCGCGAUGCAGACCACGUGCAGGCCAUUCAGGAAGCCCUGGACAGGUACCAAGGCGCCAAAGAAGCCAUGGAACAGUCCAAGGAGGCUGUCAGUGCCUGCGACAUCAACCCUGUGGAAGUGAACGAUCUCACGGAAGAAGAGCUCAUGACCGAUGUCACUCCGAGCAUCCAAGACGAUAUGCGUGCCAUGAUACAGAACUUCGACAAGAUCAAAGCCAGACAAGCCGAGACCCUUGCAGGAGCGGCUGUCAAGAAGGAGCCGAAUUUCACAGCUCCUUGGGCUGCCAUUGAACGUGCCGUUGAUCAGUGCAUCGAUGUCUAUGGCAUCAUUGCUUGUUCCAGGCUUUUGGAAGGGUCCAAUUGCCCAUUUACUGAUCCACGAGCGUCAAGCAAAGCUGCCCCUGUCAUUCCGAAGAGAGUGACUUUCACAGCUCAAAUUGAAUUGCUCUUUGGGAGCGACUUUGACCCUCUAUCUCAUACAAAGAUGACUCAUGAUGAGCUUCAAGCAUGGCGAGGGAAACCCUGGACACUUCAUGUGGCUCCGGUUGAGUCAGUUGUGGAACCGCUGUCAUUAGUGGCCGUGUCGAUCCCAACUGAUUUCACCUGGGAAAAUGUGUCCUGCGGCUUGAUUUCAGCUCCUCAUGACCUCGAUGCGUGCCAUACACAGACCGGCGCUGCAUCAACUGAUCCUACAUUUGAGGCCAUUCAGGAGGUCACAGACUCUGCCUUAUAUGACAUGGACCAAUCAUGGCAUUUGCAACUUCGAGUAGCAUGGCGAGAGUUUGCCACAGUCAAGGACCCAGAUGAAGGGCGCACGAUGCCAGUGAUUAGCUGGUAUCUACAUCAUCAUGAUGCUCCUCGUUGCGCUUCAUCAAGAUCUCUGCAACUUGAUCGCAUGGAUCACUUAUGGCUUACAGACUUGAGAGAGCUUUGGGCUGAUCACAUCCGAGCUGGAGAAGUCUUGCACAUCACAGGGGUGAUUCCAACACCUCCAAGAGAUGACAGUCAGCCAUAUGCUCCUCAUGUUAUCUUGACACAAGGGCUCCAGCCUGAUCGUAUCGGCACCAUCAUGACAGCUUGCUUCAUCGAAGACCAUCGUACGCAACUUUUACAAGAAGCAAUUUCUUCGCCACCUAUGAUGAGUGGCACAAGAGCAGUUGACCUACUACGUGUAGAUCAUGUUGUACAAGGCCGUCGAUGGGUAGCAAGGUCUGGAGUUCAAUGGUUUGACAAUCACGAAUUAGAAGAAAUUCCUGAUGGCAUCAGCAUCACCGUUGACAUUCGUGUGCCAAGUGAUGAACCAGACGCCACAUCUUUUGCAGCUUGGUCUCGAGCCAACUAUCCUCCAGAUCAACCUGUUUUCAUGUUGCCACGAGUUGUUCAACCUGAAGGGCUUCCUCCAGAUGACGUCACUGAUGCGUCCAGCUCUGAUGAAGAUGAAACAUCACCAGGCAUGGCAAGCCACUUGGGUUUGCCUUUUCCAAAGCAACAUGCCAAAGCUGUUUCCAAAGCCACAGCAUGGCCAGCCACUUGGGUUUGCCUUUUCCAAAGCAAGUUGCUGCAACUUGGCUACCUCAUCCCAGCCAAAGCCUUUCCCAAGGCCACAUGA